UAACACAUUGUUAUUGUCCACAUAUGUAUAAACGUGGGCAUUAUCAUAAUGUGGAUUAUGAUUAAUUUGGAUAAGGACACAUGUUAGCAACAAGUAUAAACUGGGCUAAUGACCUUGGGUUACAUUCUUAAAAAACGCACGCAUGCACUACAAAUGCAAGGACAAACAUGCGCACACAAGACUGCCAGAGAAGAAAGUGAGGGUUGUAGGGAGAAAGCGAGAGACACAAUUAUUUACACAGACAAAAAGAUUAGAACUAUGAACCUUCACAUCCUGCUCAACCGCUGGAACUAAUUUGCCACACAGCUACUACUGGAGCCUCUCAACUCACAGAAUGACACCCAACACCACGUCCAACAUCCUUCAGAUCACCUCCCACCCCUCACCAACCAAAGAGGAAAAUGGCACACAGGGGGAAACUAAUAUCAUCAUUGUCCUCUAUACUCUGACCAUUGCACUGGGAAUUACCGGAAACUCAGUGGUCAUCUGGGUGGCUGGAUUCAAGCUCAAGCCUACAGUCACCAACAUGUGGCUGGUAAACCUGGCUGUGGCUGACCUUAUCUUUUGCAUGAGCAUCUCGCUCUCAUUGAUCAAGAAGCUCUUUUACAACUACUGGCCGUUCGGCGAGUUCCUUUGCAAGUUCAAUGGCUUCUUCAAGUAUGCCAACAUGUUCUGCAGUGUCUUCCUGCUCGCUGUCAUCAGCAUAGACCGGGCAUUGUGCAUCUGGCAUCCCAUCAUUACCAAAAAUCGACGGACACUCUGUGCUGCCCGCCUGGUGAGCGCUGUUGUGUGGCUAGUGGCGAUCAUUUUGAGUGCACCUUACUUUGCCUACCGCCAGGUCUUCAUGGACAAGAAUAACCUGAGCAAGUGCUCCAUGGAGGAUGAGAACAGCACAGAAAGUAGAAAUUUAACGCUCAACUCCAUUCGCUUCCUCUGUGGUUUCCUGCUCCCAUUCAUCAUCAUCCUCAGUUGCUACAUUCUGGCAGCACUGGGCAUCAGACGCACCCGCCUUUCAGGAAAGUCGCGUCCUCUUCGUAUCCUGGCGCUGCUGGUUUGUGCCUUCUUCCUGUGCUGGGCUCCUUACCACAGCUUUCUACUGGCCAAGAUGGUGGACAGAAAGAGUGAGGUGGUGAAGGUUGGACUGAACAUAGCUAAAGCCUUUGCCUACUUCAACAGUUGCAUCAAUCCACUGCUGUACUUCUGCAUGGGGCUGAAUGUGAGAGGAUCAAGGUUCGGGAGGAGCAUAAUGGGGGUGUACCAGCGAGCACUGGCUGAAGAUGGGGAUGGACGCAACACACACUCUAAUGAGCGAACGGUGGAUAAGGAUACUUCUGGUUCUGCAUCACAACCAUCAAUGCUGACUGGUCAUGCAGAAUUAAUCAAGAUCUGAGGGAAAUCCCAUUUGGUGAAGAGUUUCAGGCCUUAGUAGUUUAAAAGCAAAAGGUUACUCAUAUGGUAUAACCUGUGUAGUCCCCCACCCAAAAUCUUUUUAAUGAGUUCAGGCUUUAUACCUUCCACUGACUUUUACAAAGCAGCAACUUGACCACAGAGAAGAUCUUUGAUUCAUAAGGUGAAUAAAUGUACAUUUCUUGAUAAAUGUUUCUCACAUCUCACAUGUUUUUUUUUCUCAAGUUUCAUUGUGUUUUCAAAAAAAAUGUUUUCAAAUCACAGACUUUUUAAAAUUACCUAGAAAAGAGAAAACAAUAAUAUAUAAAUGAAGGAAGUCAUGUUGUGAUAAAAUCAACUUGCAUUUUUACAUUACCUGGCAGUGCUGUGCUGUACCAUGAAUACCACAUUUCUAUUUUGUUUUCCAUUUACCUGUAGCCCACAAGGAACUAGGCCUCUUCUGGCUUUUCAGAAUGAAAAAAGACCUAUUAGUGGUAUGGAACAACCAGGCCGGUGAAGUUACAAAUAGCCAAACCUAAUGACUGGACCAAGGCAAGGGUGUCCCACUUUGAUGAUGUUAUGUUUUCCUGGUUGCUAGCACAUCUUACUAGUAGCUACUACCGACAGAAUAGCAAAACAUUUUACAAAACCUUUACGCCACUUUUACAUUUUUAAUAGAACCGGCAUAUGAUCAGAACGGUGAUACAUUUAUUAGAUUGCUAUUAUGGAUCGUUGUAUUUUAUAUGGGGCCUCUGACAGUUUCUGUCAUAAAAUUGUCACUAGCUUUUUUUUUUAACAAUAAUUAAAACUAGCCACAUUCUCCAAUUUCAUAAUAGUGGAAAAAACAUGGCUCAACUUGACUAGUCCUUACCAGCAUGGCACAGCACAACUGUGUUAAAGGUACUAACUGUAAUAAAAGUUAACUAAAUUGCAGAACUCAAGCUUUCCAGAUUACAUUGAUGUACACCGCAGUCCAAAUUCCUGAGAAAACCACUUUUUAAAAACGUAGCGCUUAUGGGCUGUUGAGUUAAUGUUUUUAACCCAGAUCUACCUCAAUUCAGUUAUUCUCAUGGAAUACAUUGGUUGACAUUGCCUAAGCAAGUGGAAAAUGAAGCUAAAAAAAAACCAAAACAAAGAUUAAGAAAAACAACAAUCUGAAAUUCUAAGUACACAUUAUUCAAAUAAUAUAAACUACUGUAUUUACACAAAUCUAACAGUGUGUUAAUACAAAUGACAAGAGAAAAAAGAUAAAUAUACCCUUUAGAUUUGUGUUGGGCCCAUUUUGUAAAUUCUUGAGUCGCAGUUCCAAUGGGCGAAAACAUUUUGUUAAUGAGAGUUCAGAAGAGAAUGGCCAGACUUGUUAACACUGACAGAAAAUGCUCUAAUAACCACUCUUUACAACAGUUGUGUGCAGAAAACCAUCUCUGCAUGUACAACACAAUAAACCUUUGUUCUUUUGUAUGUAAUUUUUUAUGGUUUAAAAAGCUGUCAGAAGAAAGCUUUCAGGUCAUUCAUGAGCUUGUAGAAGUUCUCUGUGGAGUUGAUGUUUAAGGCUGAGGUGGGGGUAAUUAAUUUUUUGCUUUAGGGCAACUGUCUUGGUAGAAUUUCUUCUUUUUUUUUUAGCACCAUUAUUUUUGCCUGACACUGUCAGGUCAUCAUUCAACAGUAUUUGUUUGAAAGAUCUAGGGAGAAAUGACAACGCAGACUAUUUUACGUGGAUCUUUGACAGACGAAUUCGUAAGAUAUAUUAUGUUAGGUAAAGUAAUGUUAGAGUAGUAAUCCAGAAAAAAAAAAGCCACACCAUAUUUGAAACCCAGGACUUCCUGCUCCACAGACAAGCACUCUACCCACUGCUCCAAACAGGAACUUCCUGUAUGAAGAGGCGUAUAGUGGUGUUACAGCAUCAAUAUGUUACAAGUGAUUUUCUUUCUAACCCUUAACCUUACCCAAACCCAAACCUGAACCCCAGUGCUGUGAUUCC